AUGGCUAUCUCAACUACAGCCUCAGGACUCCGCAGUUCAGUGCGCCAUUUCUCCGCCCACCGUCCUCGCCCUGAUACUCGCACAUCCCGCUUUGUCGCCUCGUCAUGUCUGGUUUCUAUGGUCGUUUUGCCUUUUGUUCCGCCGGCAUUAGAAAGCUCUCGAGAGAAGAACACCGGCUAUCCUCAUUCCCAUAAGGAACGGUCCCUUCCACCACUUUGCUUCCAUGCACGGUAG